AUGCUUACUGAAGCCAGCCUUUCCAUAUGGGGAUGGGGAAGCCUCGGCCUCGUGCUUUUCCUUGUCACGUUCGGACCCUUCGCCAUCUUCUACUUUGCCUUCUACGUCCUCUGCUUUGUGGGCGGGGGCUUCGUGGUCACCCUCCUGUUUGGAAGAACCACUUCCGAGAAGUACCUGGAGCAGUGUGAGCACUCCUUCCUCCCCCCGACCUCCACAGGGAUUCCCAAGUGCUUAGAAGAAAUGAGACGGGAAGCUCGGACGAUCAAGAUUGAUCGCAGAUUGACGGGUGCCAACAUCAUCGAUGAGCCUCUCCAGCAAGUCAUCCAGUUCUCCCUGCGGGACUACGUCCAGUAUUGGUACUACACGCUGAGCGAUGAUGAGUCUUUCCUCCUCGAAAUCCGGCAGACGCUCCAGAACGCCCUCAUCCAGUUUUCUACCAGGUCAAAGGAGAUAGACUGGCAGCCUUACUUCACUACGCGCAUCGUGGAUGAUUUUGGAACCCAUCUGCGAGUGUUCAGGAAAGCCCAGCAGAAGAUCACAGAGAAGGAUGAGCAGGCGAAAGGUUCGGCCGAAGACCUGGUAGAGACCUUCUUUGAAGUCGAAGUCGAGAUGGAGAAGGAUACUUGUCGUGAUCUGGUCUGCACCUCUCCCAAAGAAGAAGAAGGAUUCCUUCGGGAUCUUUGUGAGGUCUUACUGUAUUUGUUGCUACCUCCUGGAGACUUCCAGAACAAGAUCAUGCGAUACUUUGUCAGGGAAAUCCUUGCACGUGGAAUUCUUCUUCCAUUAAUAAGCCAACUCAGUGAUCCUGAUUAUAUUAAUCAGUACGUCAUCUGGAUGAUUCGUGAUUCCAAUUGCAACUAUGAGGCCUUUAUGAACAUUAUUAAAUUAAGUGACAAUGUGGGUGAGCUCGAGGCCGUCAGGGAUAAGGCUGUGGAGGAAUUACAGUAUCUUCGCUCCCUCGACACCGCGGGUGAUGAUAUCAACACUAUCAAAAAUCAAAUUAAUAGUUUAUUAUUUGUAAAGAAAGUAUGUGACUCCAGAAUACAGAGGCUGCAGUCAGGCAAAGAAAUAGAUACUGUGAAGCUGGCGGCCCAUUUUGGGAAACUUUGCACAGUCCCCUUGGACAGCAUUCUCGUAGACAAUGUUGCACUACAGUUUUUCAUGGAUUACAUGCAGCAGACUGGAGGCCAAGCUCAUCUCUUCUUCUGGAUGACGGUGGAGGGCUACCGAGUGACAGCCCAGCAGCAGCUUGAGGUGCUCCUGAGCCGCCAGAAAGAUGGGAGGCACCAGACCAACCAAACCAAAGGCCUUCUCCGAGCUGCCGCUGUUGGGAUUUAUGAGCAGUACUUGUCAGAAAAGGCAUCGCCCAGAGUUCACAUUGAUGACUACUUGGUAGCCAAGUUAGCGGACACGCUGAAUCAUGAGGAUCCGACGCCUGAGAUUUUCGAUGACAUCCAAAGGAAGGUGUAUGACCUGAUGCUGAGAGACGAGAGGUUUUACCCAUCGUUCAAACAGAACGUUCUCUAUGUGCGCAUGCUGGCCGAGCUGGACAUGUUAAAGGACCCCAGCUUCCGAGGCUCCGACGACGGGGAUGGAGAAUCUUUUAAUAGGUCUCCUACAGGGAGCAUAAAUUUGUCUUUAGAUGACCUUUCAAGUGUAUCUUCUGAUGACUCGGUGCAACUCCACGCUUAUAUUUCUGAUACUGUCUGUGCUGACUGUGACCCCUAUGCUGUGGCAGGCGUGUGUAAUGACCACGGCAAGACCUAUGCCUUGUACGCCAUCACUGUGCACCGGCGCGGCCCCAACAGCGACGAGAUCUGGAAGACGUAUCGCCGUUACAGCGACUUCCAUGACUUCCACAUGAGGAUCACUGAGCAGUUUGAGAAUCUGUCAAGCAUCCUGAAGCUCCCGGGUAAAAAAACAUUUAACAAUAUGGAUCGAGAUUUUUUAGAAAAGAGAAAAAAGGACCUAAAUGCAUAUUUACAGCUUUUACUGACACCUGAGAUGAUGAAAGCCUCCCCUGCCCUGGCUCCCUACGUGUGUGACUUUCUGGAGAACAAAGCCUACAGCAAAGGCAAAGGAGAUUUUGCUCGUAAGAUGGACACAUUUGUAAAUCCACUUCGCAAUUCUAUGAGGAAUGUUUCAAAUGCAGUUAAAUCUCUUCCCGAUAGCUUGGCAGAGGGCAUGACCAAAAUGUCAGACAACAUGGGCAAAAUGUCAGAGAGAUUAGGACAAGACAUCAAACAAUCAUUUUUCAAGGUGCCUCCUUUAAUUCAGAAGACGGAUUCUGAUGCUGAACAUUGCCGAGUCUCUGCCCAGCUGGAUGACAAUGUGGACGACAACAUCCCUCUGCGGGUCAUGCUGCUCCUCAUGGACGAGGUCUUUGACCUGAAGGAACGGAACCAGUGGCUGCGCCGCAACAUCAAGAACCUGCUCCAGCAGCUGAUCAGGGCUACCUAUGGGGACACCAUCAACAGAAAAAUAGUGGACCACGUGGACUGGAUGACGUCGCCUGAGCAGGUGGCUGACUCGGUCAAGCGUUUCAGGGACGCCUUCUGGCCCAACGGCAUCUUGGCCGAGACGGUGCCGUGCAGGGACAAGGCCAUCCGGAUGAGGACGCGAGUGGCCGGCAAGACGAAGCUCCUGGAGAUCAUGCCUGAUGAGCUGAAGCACAUCAUUGGGGCCGAGACGACGCGCAAAGGCAUCCUGCGGGUCUUCGAGAUGUUCCAGCACCAGCAGCUCAACAAGCGGAUGGUGUACGUGUUCCUGGAGGGCUUCCUGGAGACGCUGUUCCCCCAGUACAAGUUCCGGGAGCUCUUCAACAAGCUGCACUCGCGCUCGCGGCACAUGAGGAGAUACAAGCAGAGGCUGCAGGCCCCGCCGCCCCCCCUGCAGAAGAGGUGACCGCGGCUGUGCCGCUUUGCUCGUCUGCGGCAGCGGGGCCCGCGCCAAGCUCGCAGCGCCGCCCCUUAGGCUCUUAGGACCCCCACGAGACCCUCCGCGCCCGCCGCCCCCGGGAGCCGCGUGUGCGGGACGCCGGGAGUGGGAGCGAGGCUGGCCGGUCCUUUCUGACCACAGGACGUGGGGGGCCUCCCCGAGGAUGGGGGCUCCUCGGCCUGGCCUGGGGGAGGGCUCCGCCUCGGCCCACGUCCCCACGAGGGGGAGAGAGCUCGGGACGGCCCACCCUGGAGAGCGACGUCCGGCCCGGCACCCCCGAGGCCCGGACUGACGGUUGUGAAACUGGACUCUUUCACCCCAAUCCUCUGCUCUUGUGAUGUAAAGAAAUAAAGCUGUCCCAGUCGAGCUUGUUGUAUCUGUUAUUCGGGGAUCCCAAGUGAGCCCCAGACAGAGGAGGAGGCGGCGGCGCGCCCACCCCCCGGGCCGGAGCAGACGGCCCCCACCUCCCCGCCUCGGUGCCUGUGGCCGGAUGGCACCGCGCAGGAAGGCUUCGGACACGCAGCUCUGAAAACGAGGAGAGCAACGAGAAUAUUUUUUUAGAUACUUUUUUAUUUCUCGAGUCACGUAAAAUGUAAAAAGCCUGCGGAGACCCCGUGACUUCCCUGAGCUCUGCUCUGACCGAGCAGACACACUCGCACUCAGGGCCGCCGGCUCGGGGCGUCCCCUGGGCCCGUCUUGGACAAACAGUGAACACUAAGAGCUUGAAGCUCCUCAUGGAUUCCUGAGCCAAGAUCCUGGGGGGGCAGAGCCCCCAGGUGUCAGCAAUACAGACGUGUGUACAUGUGUGUGCGUGUACAUGUGUGUGCGUGUACAUGUGUGUGUGUGCAUGUGCGCAUCUCCAGCUAAGACGGGGCCCGGGAAGCCGGAGCCCCACCGCCGCCGCCUGGGAGCUUCCCCCGCGGCGAGGCGGCCUCUUUCCUCUCGGAGCCUCCUUUCAGCCUCUGACCUCGGGAGAGCCUUUCUGGAAGCGGCUGCCCCGUGUCCCGGCCUGCCCGGAACGCCAAGACCACGCACGGAGAAGAGCCGGUGUGCGAGGGCGGACGGUGAUGGAGAGGGACCGCGAGCCGCGGCAGGACGGUGUCCGAGAAGCCAGACGUCAGUAUAGACCCCCCCCCCAGCCCCAGAGGGCCCGGCGCCAGCGCCCGACGCUUCUCCUGAGCCAAUGGUCAGAGUCCUCGUUACUGAAGGGUGGACAGGCCGGACUUGGAGAGAGAAUCCUAAGUGCUAGUCAGGCUAAAGAAGGUGCAUCUUCCUGAACGGGCCGCGUCCCGCGUCCUGUCCCACCCCGGGGUCCGCAGGGAGCGCGCUCCGGCCGUCCGCCAGCAUCCUCAGGCCACCGACCCAGCCCAGUGCACCAUGCUAAUAAAAGCGUUGAAUUAGUACAAAUAUAAAGAUAUACAUAUAUGCAUAUAUAUUAUAUAAAAGAAGCUUUGUGUCUUCUCUAUUUAAUUUCCUAAGAUGGUUUUUACAGUAAGUGGUGCCUUUCGGCAAGAGCUAUCGAAAAUACUCUCUUGGAGGUUCUCGAUUUGGUUUUCUGUUGUUUUGUCUCCAAGACUCGACAUGAUGGAAUCGAGAGAAAAAUCCUCGCUGCCAACUUGUCUUCUGUUAAGCUGGGGAGCAAGUGUGGACGAACGGACGGCACUUAGGCGGGCAGAGUAGCCCGAAGAGGUGCCGAAGUCAUUGUGCCAUGGACCGCCGAACGCCCGGGCUUAGCCUUAGUUUUCUUUGGAAGGAACAUUAAAGUUUUAAAAUGACUUCACUUGGUGUGUUCUCCGACUUGUGCUGCCGGCGAUCGCUCUGACUAAAUAUCGCAUUUUAAAUGCUGCCAGAACAUGUACCAACUUUUUAAAAGGUUAACUAUUUAAAUUCCACAAUCUAAAUUUUAAUUUUGUGCAAUAUGUUCAUUUAACGCAUGUGAAUUUGACUCAGUGUAAAAUAAAUGGAUUUUUACUGUUUCAAGAUAGAAGUUAAACUGUCUUCUUAACCAACGACUUGCAUUCCGUUGUUUGCCUCAUCGGUUUAUUUAAAGACUUGCGUGUCAUACCUUGUAAAAUUCUCUGGUUUGGGGGGACUUUCGCGUGGGGGAGAGUGACCCACCCCCAGGUUGCUGGGGCAGACUGCCGAGUACAUCUUCACGACACCUUGUGCGUACCCCUGUACAGUCCAUGUCAGCCGUGUGCCUAAUUGUCUACCCGUCCUCUCUCCCCAUCCACAAAGAAUAAAGUUCAGAAUGUCACAGUCAUUUGUUGAACUGGAGAAAAAAAUAUGAAACUUUUUAUUUGGGGUUUGCAUUAUGUUCUGUCCACUAAGAAAGCUGAAAACGAUUACACUAAUAAAGUAUUAACAAAUUUUU